AUGAAGUCCACAGCUUUGGCACUGCUCGCUGUGUCGCCAUCUGCCUGUGCCCAGCUCCUUGUAGGCUACGGCAACUCCCCUUACAACCCCUUGUGCGCGGAAGCAUGCCUUCGCUCCUUUAGCUCCCUCCAACUCGACUGCGAAUUCCUCUCUGCCAACAAUGACGACCAGCCCGACCACAGCGGCAGCGGCCACUCUCGCCGGCAUGCCAUGAUGGACACCACGCCCGAGUGCUUUGCAAACAACACACCAUUCUUGACCUCUGUGGCCUGGUGUAUGAGCACAAAGUGUGCCGAGCAGAGCGGUGUGCCUGACUCCCUGGUCCAGCACUACUGGGAGUACUGGAUCACGGGCACAAAGGGUGCUGUUCCACCCAAGUGGUCGUACGCUGAAGCCCUCGCUGCCGUCGACCCAGCUCCUCCAGUUGCGGAGCUUGAGCCUUCAAACAUGAUGCUCAAUGAAACUUCACUUGUGGCUCCGGGUACAUAUCUCGCACAGUGGAAUGUCCUCGGAGCCGUCAACUACGAGAUAGAGCGCGAGUCCACAUACGGCAUUGUGAUCACUUUCGUGACCGUUGGACUUCCUGUCCUUCUUAGCAGCAUUCUUUACCUGCCCUACAUGACCCGUCUCUUCGACCAGGUCAACCCGUAUUUCGUGUGGCCGAGCAUCAUCCGCAACUACCAAGUUCAUCCCCUUCCAUUUCUCCUCGGCAACGUUCCCACGCUUGGUCAAGCUCUGUACAUUUGUGCCCUAUUCGUUCUCAACUUCGCCCUCGCCGGGGUCUCCUACAGCGUCCGCCAGCCAAACGCCUGGUUUGCGACAGCCUGGCAAGAAUUUACCGUGUACGUCAUGUAUCGCACCGGAGCCUUCGCUUUUACCCUUUUGCCACUCGUCCUUCUCUUCUCCUCGCGCAACAACGUCCUUUUGUACCUCACGAACUGGUCCCACUCGACCUACCUCCUCCUGCACCGCUGGCUCGCGCGGUUCCUCAUGCUGCAUGUGGUCGUGCAUUCCAUCAUCGCGCUGCAGGUCUAUACGAGCAACGCAACCACAGAUUGGUGGAAAUGGGGCGUCGCUGCAACCAUCCUCACCGUGGUCAUAACGUUUGGCAGCGGGCUGUACAUUCGCAAGGCAAACUACGAGCUCUUCCUCAUCUCGCACAUUGUCUUGGCGCUGCUGAUCCUCGUCGGGUCGUGGUACCACAUCACCCUCUGGUACGCGAGCAUGGCCAUGACAUAUCCCGACACCUCUGGGUACGAGGUCUGGCUGUACAUCGCGUUCGCAGUGUGGGGCUUCGACCGUGUCGUGAGGAUCGGCCGGAUACUCAAGGCUGGCGUGCGGCGAUCGGUCGUGACGGACCUGGGGGAAGGGUAUGUCCGUGUUGACGUCGAAGGCGUGCGGUGGGGGUUGCAGCCGGGGAGGCACGCAUACGUCUAUUUCCCGGGUCUCCUGCCCUGGCGGCCUUGGGAGAAUCACCCGUUCUCGGUUAUACCAACGGCAUUGUUGGCGCCAUCACGUCCGGAGCAGCAGGUGCACUCUCCAACUACCAGAGGGAGCUCUUCCUCUGGAGCAGCGUCGGACGAGGAGAAGCAGUCUCCCCAAACUGAAACGCACGCCAUCUCGACUAUUCGUUCCCUCCCAACCAAGACCACCAGCAAUAACGGCAUCACUUUCUUUGUCAAGAAGGGCAAGGGCAUCACAAAGUACCUCGGAGCUCGGUCCCCGCUGAUGACCCUGCUCGAUGGGCCUUACGCCAACAACCACCGCGCUGUUAGCACCAUGCUGCGCUGCGACAGGGUGCUCUUGAUCAGCGGCGGCAUCGGCAUUACGGGAGUCCUGCCCUGGCUACACACAGGCCACGCCAACGUGCGGCUGUGCUGGAGUGUCAAGGAGUCUGCAAAAUGUCUUGUGAACGCGACUGGCCUGGGUAGUGCCGUGGACGGCAAGGAGAUCGAUGUGCGUGUAGGCGGCCGCUUUGACGUGCGCCAGAUCCUGGAACAAGAAGUGGAAGCAGGCUGGGGCCGGAUUGGCGUUGUCGUGUCCGGGCCUGGGUCCCUUUGCGACGAUGUGCGUGCUGCUGUGGCCGCUGCAGCCCGUCACAGCACGAAGACUGUCUUUGAGCUCGAGGUAGAUGCGUACUCGUGGUAAACUGAUUUAAGCCGGGCAGCGGUCUGGGACGACAGAUUGGCAGGAUGCGGAGCUGCAUCCGACUACGUCAUUAUGUUCAUACCGAGAGAAGACAUGAAUCUAUUGAUGACCAGUACAUCUAGUAUAGCC